CUGGGAGGGGUGCUGUGGGCUGUCAUCAGCUUUUUACACAAGUCAAGGGAACUAAAAGGUGUGCCCCCUCCCUACCCCCGACACUAUCUCUUCAGGGUCCCUGAGCAGUAAUCGCAGAAAGGUAGGGGAAGGCCGGUAGUUUGGCUGUGAGACCUCGGGCUUUAAAGGGCGCAGGGAAGGCUGGAUUCUAGGAUACACCCUUUGCCUUCACCGGAUUCCUGGGGUCUUCCCUGCACCAGCGAUGCCCCGUCCCAUCUGCGGUUUGAGUUCGAAUUCUACUUGCCGGCCGGCCCGGGGUGUGGCGGCUGGAAUCUGUUCCCAGGCCCGGCGCGGAGGCUGCAGCGGGUCACUAGCUGUGGCCACAGCAGCUCGAACCCUCCUUCCCUGCCUGCACGAGACACUGGGUCUCCUUCAGGCAGUGGGCGCCUCAGCCCAAGGUGCGCGCAUUCUUUUUCCUGGCGGAGGGAGCGGAGCUCGGGAGCGCGCUGCGUCCUACAAGAAGUGCUGACGUCGCGGAGGGUCGGCAGUUGGACGGGAGUGGCCGGCGCUCUGUGCGUUGCGUCCUACCACUGGGAGCGCGGGGAGCGCGGCUGUGUGGGGCUAGGGCGGCGGCCGUGGUCGCAGCAGCGCCCCGGGCGACCAGGGCCGCAGCGGCCGGAAGAGCUGGGGAUGGGGAGGACCGGACUCCGCACCUCUCCCGGGCGCGCGUGCGGCUCCGGGGACUCACAGUGACGACGGCGGCGCUCCUGGCCCGGCAGUGCCGAGGCCGCUUCUCCAGGGAGUCCGGGCCGGCGGCGGGCCGGGACAUGAGGAGCUGCCGGGGCCGGGCCAGGCCUCGCUGACCCCGGCCCCGCGCGGCGGCCUUCCCCUUUCCCACUCCGGCCUCUCGGCAUGAGCGUCCGCCCGGGCCCGGGGCCUCAGCUGCCCCAGCCCGGCGGGCCGCAGGCGCGCUCCAGGCCGGCGGGCUCGCGGUGCUGAUCCCGGCGCGCCGCGCCGCCCGCCCGCCCGCCCGCCCGCUGCAUGUCUCGGGGGCGCGGCCAUGGAGGUGGUGGGCGACUUCGAGUACAGCAAGAGGGACCUUGUGGGACACGGGGCCUUCGCGGUGGUCUUCCGGGGGCGGCACCGCCAGAAAACAGAUUGGGAGGUAGCCAUUAAAAGUAUUAAUAAAAAGAACUUGUCAAAAUCACAAAUACUGCUUGGGAAAGAAAUUAAAAUAUUAAAGGAACUUCAGCAUGAAAAUAUUGUAGCACUCUAUGAUGUUCAGGAAUUACCCAACUCUGUCUUUCUGGUGAUGGAGUAUUGCAAUGGUGGAGACCUGGCAGAUUAUUUGCAAGCUAAAGGAACUCUCAGUGAGGAUACUAUCAGAGUGUUUCUGCAUCAGAUUGCAGCUGCCAUGCGAACUCUGCACAGCAAAGGCAUAAUCCACAGGGAUCUCAAACCACAGAACAUCUUGCUGUCUUAUGCCAGUCGCAGAAAGUUGAGUGUCAGUGGUAUUCGCAUCAAAAUAGCGGAUUUUGGGUUUGCUCGUUACCUACACAGUAACAUGAUGGCUGCAACACUGUGUGGAUCCCCAAUGUACAUGGCUCCUGAGGUUAUCAUGUCUCAACAUUACGAUGCUAAGGCAGACCUGUGGAGCAUAGGAACAGUGAUAUACCAAUGCCUCGUUGGAAAACCACCUUUUCAGGCUAAUAGUCCUCAAGACCUAAGGAUGUUUUAUGAAAAAAACAGGAACUUAAUGCCUAGUAUUCCCAGAGAAACAUCACCUUAUUUGACUAAUCUCCUUUUGGGUUUGCUUCAGAGAAACCAAAAAGAUAGAAUGGACUUUGAAGCAUUUUUUAGCCAUCCUUUUCUUGAGCAAGCUCCAGUAAAAAAGUCCUGCCCAGUCCCAGUGCCCGUGUACAUCGGCUCCGUGUCUGGAAGCUCCUGUGGCAGCUCCCCACCGUGUCAUUUUGCCUCUCCACCAUCCCUUCCAGAUAUGCAGCAUAUUCAGGAAGAAAACUUAUCCUCCCCACCACUGGGUCCUCCUAGCUACCUACAGGUGUCCAAAGAGUCUGCCGGCACCGGCAGCAGGGACUCCUCCUCUGACACAGAUGACUUUGUUUUGGUUCCACACAGCAUCUCGUCAGAUCACUCAUAUGAUAUGCCAAUGGGACCUGCAGGCAGAUGUGCUUCAAAUGAAUUCUUGGUGUGUGGAGGGCAGUGUCAGCCUACUGUGUCACCUCACAGCGAGACAGCACCAAUUCCAGUUCCUACUCAGAUAAGGAAUUAUCAGCGCAUAGAGCAGAAUCUUACAUCUAUCGCCAGCUCUGGCACAAAUCUACAUGGUUCUCCAAGAUCCACACUGGUGCGAAGGUCUAACACUAGCCCUAUGGGCUUUCUCCGGCUGGGGUCCUGUUCCCCGGCCCCAGCAGACACAGUGAAGACAGUUGGACGAAGACUCUCUACUGGGUCUUCCAGGCCUUACUCACCUUCCCCUUUGGCUGGCGCCAUCCCUGAGCAGUUCAGUCAGUGCUGCUGUGGGCAUCCUCAGGGCCAUGAAUCUAGGAGUAGACACUUGUCAGAUUCUCCAGUGCUGCAGGCUCAGUCACCACAGUCUCUGUUAUUGGGUGCUAGGCUGCAGAGUGCCCCCACCCUCACUGACAUCUACCAGAACAAGCAGAAGCUCAGAAAGCAGCUCUCAGACCCCGUGUGCCCCUCCCAUGCGGGGGCUGGGAACAGCUGCUCACCUCAGCCCAGCCGGCCGGGCAGCCUUGGGACCUCUCCCACCAGGCACAUGGGUUCAUCUCCUCGGAGUUCUGACUGGUUCUUUAAAACUCCUUUACCAACAAUCAUAGGCUCUCCUACUAAGACUACAGCUCCUUUCAAAAUCCCUAAAUCACAAGCAUCUUCCAACCUGCUAGCCUUGGUUACUCGUCAUGGGCUUUCUGAAGGGCAGUCUAAAGAUGGCAGUGACCCAUGGGAAUGCUCACAUUGUCUCUUAAUACAAGGAAAUGAGAGGCAGAAGUCUGAGCAGCAGAACAAGGGAAUGUUUGGCAGAUCUGUCAGUACUGGGAAAUUAUCAGAUCAACAAGUAAAGACACAUUUAGGUGGACAUCAGGGCAGCACGGACAGUUUAAAUACAGAGCGACCAAUGGAUAUAGGAGCCUGUGGUGGGAGACCAGCACCUCCUGCAGGAGCAGCAGCAGGUUGCAGGGCUGUCCUGUUCACUGUGGGAUCUCCUCCCCGCGGCGCCAUGGCCCCCACUGGUACCCAUGCACUCCUGCGAACAAGAACAACCUCAGUGGGCUCCAGCGGCUCUGGAGGCUCCCUGUGCUCCACCAGCGGCCGCGUGUGUGUGGGCGCCCCGCCUGGGCCGUGCCUGGGGUCCUCCCCCCCUGCAGCAGAGACAGCUCCCAGCCUGAGACACAUGCCUUACGGUGCUUCACCCCCCAGCCUGGAGGGGCUCAUCACCUUUGAAGCCCCUGAGCUGCCGGAGGAAACACUGAUGGAGCAAGAACACACAGACACCUUACACCACCUGAACGUGAUGCUGAUGUUCACCGAGUGUGUGCUGGACCUCACGGCCGCGCGGGGAGGAGGCCCGGAGCUGUGCACGUCCGCUGUUUCCUUGUACCAGAUUCAGGAGAGUGUGGUAGUGGACCAGAUCAGCCAAUUGAGCAAAGACUGGGGACGGGUGGAACAGCUGGUGUUGUACAUGAAGGCUGCCCAGCUGUUGGCGGCAUCCCUGCAUCUCGCCAAAGCCCAGAUCAAGUCCAGGAAACUCAGCCCGUCCACAGCCGUGAAACAAGUUGUCAAAAGUCUGAAUGAACGAUAUAAAUUCUGUAUCACCAUGUGUAAGAAACUCACAGAAAAGCUGAAUCGCUUCUUCUCUGACAAACAGAGGUUCAUUGAUGAAGUCAACAGCGUGGCUGCGGAGAAGCUCAUCUAUAACUGUGCGGUAGAGACGGUAACCCUCCUCACGGGCUCCUGCGCACAGUCCUACUCAGCUUUCAGGGCGUCUUUUGAACUGAAUGCCUGCCUGAGGUUCGGUCUGCAGCCCUGGAUGAGAUGUUCCAGCAGACCGAGGACACUGUUCAUCGCUACCAUAAGGCAGCCCUUCUGUUGGAAGGUCUAACUAAGAUCCUCCAGGACCCUGCAGAUAUUGAAAAUGUACAUAAAUAUAAAUCUAGUAUUGAAAGAAGAUUGUCAGCACUCUGCUAUAGCACCUCGACCAUGUGAGCAGCGGCCAGCAGGCUUGUCCCGUGGACCAGUGGGGGGAUGAGAGAUGACACUUUUGGAUGACAGCUUGGGGUCUGUGGCCCACCCCCAGGAAACUAGUUUCUUACCUGGUGACUACCAAAGAGCAGACAGUGAUUUCAAAAGGGAAAACAAGCCCAAACGACAUACUUGUAGGGAAUCUGCCUUAUCAGAGAAGUCACCCUGUCCCUUUGCCUUUGUGAAAGAAGCAGUGGGAGUCUUACACUAGGCUCUCAGCUUGGACUUGGUAAAUAAAUGUACCUUAGAACUAGAAUUACCAGUGCAGUUAUUGUUAAGGAUAAUUAAGAAUGAAACAAAGUGAGUGGCUCUUCACUCAGUUCACCAGAGCACUGUGUGAAAUUCCAUGUGUUUACUGAGUAAAAAUCUGCAUCUCAUCCAGGCAGUGUGGUAUUGGGGUAGGUCUGUCUAAAUCUGAGCAUGCACCUUUAAACAGCUCAGGAAGAAACAGCUCAAGAAGCAGAAAGUGGCUCAUGGAAGAAAUGUGAAAUCUUCAAUUUGAUCUAGUAUGGAUACCCAUUAAUUUUCCAAAACCUUUCAUAUUGCACUAAUUUAUUAAAACAACUGUGUAUUGGAUUUUGCAAUUUAAAACUAACUGAGGCACAAUGGACUUGUUUAAAAUACUUACUUGAUUAUAUACACAUACCAUUUCCAGAAUUCACAUGUAAUCUCUAGUGGACUUUUAAGUGGUAAAAACUUGUGUUCAUGUGAACCUUUGCUUUUUUUAACCUGCCCUUCUACACCUACAGAUUUCCUCAGCGACAUGUUUGAGUUGCUGGUGGUUUGCUUUUGAUUGCAUUUUUCUUGCGCAUGCAGAAUGCAUACAUGCCUGGGACCUUAGGCUUACUUGGGCAGUAUUAAGAAAAAAUAUCAAGAGAUACUCAAAUUUAAUUGGGCCAAAACAAAGCUGGUGAUCUAAAGGCUUGUUAGUGAUAUGGAGUUUCUACAUGAAGUUAGCGAAAAAUGAGAUUUAUUUUCUCUGAGGAAAAUGGGCAGCUUUCUCCAGCCUAAUGUGUACUUUUCAUGUUUAACCCGACAGGUCACCAAAUAGCUAGUCAUGGAGAAUGUGGGCAGUUAACAUCCUUCCAGAAAUGGUUCCUACAUUGCAUAUUAUUUGGUUUCUUUUAUUUACCUGCUUGAAUACUUGAAUAAACCAUUCUCCAGUUUUAAUCCUUUUAGAUAAUAUAAACUCUGACAAAUUGUGCAGAAGCUUUUUGGCAUUAAUCUAUCUUUAGUGUACUGAUAAAAACAACAGAAACAUGGUUUUCCUUUACUUUGAUGAAGUAAUGUAAUUUUUAUCUUAUUUAUCUGUAUGAAAUUCCAGCAGUUAAUUUGAACAUUUAUUUAUAUGAUGUUUGUAUUUUUAGGUCUUUAAAAUACAGUGUUUCUACCUCUCAUUUGUAACUGCAUGCAAUAUUCUUGAAACUAGGUAAAACUCACCGAAUUGUUGUGUAAUAACCUUUUUAUUAUUGCCUGGACAGAUGUAUCAUAGGGUAAAAUAAAGCUGACAAAGUGUUUCUAGGGUAAUGCUGGUUCCGUACAUGGCCUUCCUUAGUGAGUUUGAAGGCUUGGUGGCAAAUAAUCCUUUAUCCGGCCCCAGGAUUUCAGAUUCCUAGUGACUCACACAGACUGCCAUGAACAUAGACUGUGUAGUGAGAGUUCCUACCCCUCCCUGCCGGGGUUACAGCACUGUUAUUAGGGAAACUCCAUUUUGUGUAAAGUGCACAGGGCAAUUUCAUUCAUGUUCUCUUGAUUAUCACCGGACGUUUUCUCAGUUGAUCCUCCCAGAGGGUGGCUUCAUUUUGGCGCCUCCGCCCCUUUCUUUUUUAAACACAGGAUGAAACAAGUUCACAGUGACUGAUCUGAAGUCAGGUGACAGAAAGUGGUUAAGCCAGUGCUUUGUGACUUCAAGUUCAUUCUCUUCCUCUUGUAUGGUGCAGACCUGUGGUAGAUGGUAGAUAUGAAACCAUGAAGUCUGAACAGCAAAGAACAUAUGGCAAAUUCAUGAAUAAAGAUGCUGAUAAUGCUUCCAUUAUCAAGGCCAAUUGUUUUAAAAGGUUUUGCCUUGAUUAUAGCAAUAAUAAAUGCUUUAUGUUUCCGUGA